AUGGCCACUCGCUACCUCUUUAUCCUCACCUCUCUCAUCGCCAUCAACAUCCUACCAGUCUCUGCCUUCUUCCCAGCACAAUGGAAAGAAGACUUUGCAGGAAACGGAGGCAUCUCCCAUGAAGAUAUGACGAGAGUCGCCUUUGAAGACCGAGCCUAUCUCUACUUUCCGUCCAUCACCACAAUCUCGAGCAAGAUGCGUGCGGCGUGCAAGGAGAUCCAACAGGCCAACAUGGACGUUGACGAUGACCAAGACCACGCUCAUAAGCAUUGCGAUGGAGAGUCGUUUGUGGAGGCCCAGUCACGUAUUCAGGAUCUCAAGAAGGAGGCUAUAGGGGCUCUUUUGGCUCUCCCCCCUGAUGUUGCCAAGGCUAGGAAGGCCGUCGGCGAGGCGCUUCACACGAUCCAGGACUUUUACUCGCAUAGCAACUGGGUAGAGCUUGGAAAUAUUGAGCCUAACUCGGACCUCAUCCGCAACAAACCGAUGACAUCGUACAUGUCCACGCCUGAUCAACGAAGCUGCAGGUCUUGCAACGUCUCUCCCAAACCUCCAGGCUGGGACUCGGACUGGCCUAUUCCUUGUAAAGGCAUCCACUGCGAGGAAAACACCAACGGCUUUCCCAAACUUACGAGCGGCUACUAUCCCGGCGAGGACGUUCUGAUUCCGGGAGACUGGAAGUGUCGUCAUGGUGGCUUCGCCGACAAGGCGUACCCAGGCAUCAACAAGGAUAGCAACAACUGUUGGUGGUCACCGCACUCAGAUCUACACUUCAAAGCUGCCGAGUUGGCGAUGCAGGCCACAAUGCAGUUCUUUGAUGAUAUCAAGGACGACACGAGCGGUGCUCCCAAGGCGUUGCGUCUUCUCUUUGGUGUUCCGACUCUGGCUUUUGCUAUCGACACGACGGGUAGCAUGGAAGAUGUCAUCGAUGCCGUCCGUGUUCAAGCCCUCCAAAUCGCUGAAAGUCUGUCAGGUACAGACAAUGAGCCCGGUCUCUACGUUCUCUCCCCUUUCAACGACCCCAGCACGGGGCCGCUGACCGUGACGACGGAUCUGGCCGCCUUUGAGGAUGCUAUCAGCAACCUUGGUGCUGCUGGAGGGGGUGACUGUCCCGAGCUGGCCUUCACAGGCAUGCUGGCGGCUGUGGAUGUCAUGGAUGUCGACUCAGGCCUUCUCCUCUUCACAGACGCAGACGCCAAAGAUUCACAUCUAAUGCCGCAGCUACUGGCCAAGGCUCAGGAGAAGCGCAUUAGCAUCAGUGUCUUUACAUACGCCUCAGACUGUGAAGACAGUGCCAUGAAGCGAUCGACCAUAGUCAAGAGAGCCGACAAUGCCUAUGGUCAAAUUUGUGCCGGUACAGGUGGACUGUACCGCACAGGCCCAAGGUCAGAGGUUGCCAACGUCACUUCGUUUAUCGAGAACGUUAUUACGACUGAUCUCGGUACCAUCAUUCGCGUUCAGGACAAAGUUGAUGGAUCUGCCAAGGAGUUUGACGUUCCUGUUGAUUCGUACAUGACAAAGGUGACGUUCUCUCUCCUAGGAGCGGGCGUCAAGCUGGAGAUUACAGCACCAGGCGGAAAGCCACUUCAAACUGAAGGAAUAGGAAUCACCAAGACUAUUCUCGAGGAUAGCACGUAUCUAUCACUCUCUUCACCGCCCCCGGGCACUUACAAGGUCACAAUCUCAGGCAAGGGCAGCUUCACCUUCCUCAGCUCCGGCGUCUCGACACUUCAACUCUCAUCCUUCAACUUUGCCAGUAUCCGCGGUCGACCAGGUCAUCGGGGCUGGUACCCAAUGGCCGGCCAGCCACCGUUCGGUAAAGACGUCGGAGCAAUCGCCGAGGUAGACGGCCGGUUCAAGACAGCCGACUUUGCAUUCCGAGCCCCCGACUUUACUCGGGUGUCCAGCCUCAACGCCACCGCCGGCUCUGGAGAGCGCGGUUCCCCGCGAAAUUCGUCCUUCUUUGCUACGGUCAAAGUCCAGCGCCGGAAUCUUCUGGUCUACGUCUCGGGCGAGGACGAUAAGGGCAUCCCAUACCAGAGGGCUCUGCCAGCCGUGGUGGUGGCUGAGAACUCGACUGUCAAGUUCCCCAAUGCGACGGCUACGCAUGUUGUUACAGCAACUGCUGUUCCUUCAGGGCCUUCGUAUGUUCCACCUAGUACAUAUCCGACGCCGGCGAUUGUCACGGCGAGUGCGACUGUUCAGUCGGUGUCUUUUGCUGUGGGCUUGGCUGCUGUACUGUUUGCUCUUUUGCUAUAG